UUCUGUUUGGAUAUUGUAUAUUUUUUUGGUUGUUUCUAUUUAAGGAGGAAGAAAGAAUUUGGGAAUUGAAGGAUCUCGGUCUUCAUUUUUGGGGAUCGGAAACUUGAUCUGGUCGGUGGUUUGUUGAAUUGAUCGGUUUGGAUCGGAUCCGGGUAGAAACAGCGCCAUCCGAUGGCGCUGUUCCGACGGUUCUUUUAUCGGAAGCCGCCGGAUCGGCUUCUGGAAAUCUCCGAGAGGGUCUACGUAUUUGAUUGCUGCUUCUCCACUGACGUGUUGGAAGAAGAUGAGUACAAAGUUUACUUGGGUGGCAUUGUACCGCAGCUGCAAGACUACUUUCCUGAUGCUUCCUUCAUGGUUUUUAACUUCAGAGAAGGGGUGAGGCGCAGUCAAAUAUCAGACGUGUUGUCUCAGUAUGACAUGACGGUUAUGGAUUACCCUCGACAAUACGAGGGUUGUCCACUGCUGCCGCUGGAGAUGAUCCAUCACUUCCUUCGGUCGAGUGAGAGCUGGUUGUCAUUGGAGGGGCAACAAAAUGUGCUGUUGAUGCACUGCGAAAGAGGUGGAUGGCCCGUCCUCGCUUUCAUGCUUGCGGGUCUUUUGUUGUACCGAAAACAGUACACCGGGGAGCAAAAGACCCUUGAAAUGGUAUACAAGCAGGCUCCUAGGGAACUUCUCCAUCUGUUGUCUCCUUUGAACCCACAGCCUUCUCAGCUGAGAUAUCUUCAGUACAUCUCUAGAAGAAAUUUGGGUGCUGAUUGGCCCCCUUCUGAUACGCCUUUGUUUUUAGAUUGUCUGAUACUUAGAUUUAUACCUCUUUUUGACGGGGGCAAAGGUUGCCGGCCUGUUAUACGUGUCUAUGGUCAAGACCCUUCAACACCAGCCAACAGAAGUUCUAAGCUUUUGUUUUCAACGUCAAAGACGAGAAAACAAAUUCGCCAUUAUGGACAGGCAGAAUGUAUGUUGGUGAAAAUCGAUAUUCAUUGCCGUAUUCAAGGGGAUGUUGUUCUUGAGUGCAUCCACUUGGAAGAAGAUCUUGUACGUGAGGAGAUGAUUUUCAGAGUUAUGUUUCAUACAGCAUUUGUACGUUCUAACAUAUUGAUGCUUAAUCGCGAUGAAAUCGAUGUUUUAUGGGACGCCAAAGAUCAGUUCCCUAAGGAGUUUAAAGCUGAGGUACUUUUUUUGGAUGCUGAUGCUGUUGUCCCCAGUGUCACCACAGUGGUGGCGAGUGAAGAUGGAAAUGAGACAGAAGGUGCUUCUCCAGAGGAAUUUUUUGAGGUCGAGGAGAUUUUUAGCAAUGCAACGGAUGGGCAUGAAGGGAAGGGUGACUUUGAUACUCCUAGGGCUCGCGCUAGCGCACACGAAGAUUUAGUUCAUAAAGAGGUUUGGAAGGAGGAUUUUGAUCCUCAUGCAUUCCAAGACUGUACAUCAGAUGAUGGAAACUACAAACAGGAUAGAAGGGUGGAUUCUAAGUUCGGUGCAGUAAAGGACAUUGCUGUGGAUGAUGUAAAGUAUAAGCUGGAUGAAAAGGUGGAUUCAGAUUCUAAUGAAGUAAAAGAUAUCGCUGUGGAUGAGGGUGAUACCAAAACAAAUCGCAUGUUAGUUGGUGAGGUUAGACAUGCCAUGACUAAGGAAGUGACGGGAGAUGUUUAUGAAAAGUUGGAAGAGAUGGAACAUAAAGUUGAUGACGAAGAUACUGCUAUACAAAAGAAGUUAGAAUCCAAGGGUCCACAGCACAAAAUGAGUGUUGAUAGACAAAAAUCCGACAAAUUACAACCUGCUGCAAGGAAACAGCCAACAUCAAAUACAAAACCAGCUGCAGAUACAAGUGUAACGAAAUACAAGACUAAGCAGCAAGAAUCUCCGGGUAAAACGGCAAAGCCAGCAGUGUCUAGAUGGAUACCUUCUAACAAAGGUUCUUAUACCAAUUCAUCGCAUGUAUCAUAUCCUGCCAAUGCCGUGCAUGUAUCACAUCCCCCAUCAAGAUACAAUAGUGCUCCUGCAGCUUUUUCCGGGUCUGCUACUUCAAAGGAUUCUAAUGCAAAUACAAAAUCUAGAACUUCUUCUCUUGCUGGCACUCCCUCAAAUAUGGUUUCUAAUGAUGUGGGAAAUGAGCUGAAAAGUCCUACGGAUAGUGCAAAGCCUUUAGACACUUUACAAGAGAAGGUUACCAGCCAGGCAUCAUCAGUCCAACCAGUCCAAGAGACAACUUCUUCUUCUCCAGGUUCGGCAGUGGCACAUGUUUCCGGACAACAAAUAGUGCCCCCUGCUCUUCAAUUGUCUUCUACAGCUCCACCUUCCCCGCCCCCACCCCCGCCCCCGCCUUUUUAUAGUAGCUCUUUCCUGCAUGUGCGUCCUGUCCAAACUCCAUCAUCAUCCCAAUCUUUGCGGGUAGGUACAGUACCACCUCCUCCUCCCCCUCCACCACCACCACCACCACCAUUUCAAAGUAGUAAUGCAGCCUUUUCAAAGCCCUCAACUGUGUCUUUGCCUUCACCUCCACCUCCCCCUCCGCCUCCACCACCCCUUCCUUCGUCCACACCUCUUAUGUCGUUUGGUAGACCUUCCCCACCACCACCACCUCCUCCUCCUCCCUUUGCAUCUAGUAGGCAAAGUAGUGGGACUCUGUUGCCUCCAUCACCAUCGCCCACUAGCUGGAUGUCUGUAUCUGCCCUUGUUGGUACGACAACUUCUCAAGCUCCACCUCCACCUCCACCUCCACCUCCUCCUCCCUUUUCCCUUAAUGCGUCAAGUACAUCAAAGCUUAGUAAAAAUGGAGCUGGAGUACCAACUCCACCUCCUCCACCACCUCUACCACCUUCAUCUAUGCGUAGUACGCCUCCACCACCACCGCCACCACCUCCCUCCCUUCCUUCACGUGGAGCUCCACCUCCACCACCUCUCCCUCCUUUGUCUGGAGCUCCACCCCCACCCCCACCUCCACUUCCUUCACGUGGAGCUCCACCUCCUUCACCACCACCUCUAAUGCGUGGAGCCCCACCACCACCACCACCACCACCAAUGCCUGGAGUUCCACAACCACCACCACCUCCAAUGCGUGGGCCACCACCACCGCCACCUCCUCCAAUGCGGGGUGCACCACCACCGCCACCACCUCCAAUGCGUGGGACGCCACCACCAACACCUCCUCCAAUGCGCGGUGCUCCUCCUCCACCUCCACCUCCAACUGGUGGAGGCCCACCUCCUCCACCUCCACUACACGGAGCACCACCUCCACCGCCUCCACCAGGAGGUCGUGCUCCUGGCCCUCCAGCUCCACCUAGACCUCCAGGUGGUGCACCUCCUCCUCCUCCCCCUGGCGGUGCCAAGGGAGUAGUUGCUGAUGCAAGAGGCCUGCCUUCAGCGAGGGGGCGUGGGAUGUCACGACCUACAGGGAUGGGGGGUGCUGCUACUGCGGCUCGAAGAUCCUCCUUAAAGCCACUACAUUGGAGCAAGGUAACAAGGGCAUUGCAAGGAAGCUUGUGGGAAGAAUUGCAAAGAUAUGGGGACCCUCAAAUUGCGCCAGAGUUUGAUGUGUCAGAAAUUGAGUCUCUCUUCUCUGCAACAGUCCCGAAACCUGCUGAAUCAGGGGGUAAAGCAGGAGGGCGACGCAAGUCUAUGGGAUCCAAAACUGAUAAAGUCCACCUGAUUGACCUCAGGAGGGCAAACAAUACGGAAAUUAUGCUCACAAAAGUUAAGAUGCCACUUCCUGAUAUGAUGGCUGCAGUACUAGCAAUGGAUGAAUCUGUAUUAGAUGUUGAUCAGGUGGAAAAUCUAAUAAAAUUUUGUCCGACUAAAGAAGAGAUGGAACUUCUAAAGGGCUACACAGGCGACAAGGAGAACCUUGGAAAAUGUGAACAGUAUUUCUUGGAGUUGAUGAAAGUGCCUCGUGUGGAGUCAAAACUAAGAGUGUUUUCUUUCAAGAUUCAGUUCAGCUCUCAGAUCUCCGAAUUUAAAAAGAGUUUGAACACUGUGAACUCUGCAUGUGAAGAGGUCAGGAAUUCCUUCAAAUUGAAGGAGAUUAUGAAGAAAAUUCUUUUUUUGGGUAACACUUUGAACCAAGGGACUGCAAGAGGUUCGGCAAUUGGAUUCAAAUUGGAUAGUCUUUUGAAGCUUAGUGAUACACGUGCUUCUAACAAUAAGAUGACGCUCAUGCAUUAUCUUUGUAAGGGUCUUGCUUCCAAGUCACCAGCACUCCUUGAUUUUCACCUGGACCUUGUCAGCCUGGAACCCGCAACAAAGAUACAAUUGAAGUCUUUAGCAGAAGAAAUGCAAGCAAUAAUUAAGGGAUUGGAAAAGGUCAAGCAGGAGUUGGUCGCAUCAGAAAAUGAUGGUCCUGUGUCUGAGGUUUUCCGUAAGACACUGAAAGGAUUCAUUUCUGUUGCUGAGACGGAGGUGGUUUCUGUAACAAGCUUAUACUCUGUGGUGGGUAGAAAUGCAGAUGCACUUGCGUUGUAUUUUGGUGAGGAUCCUGCACGUUGCCCAUUUGAGCAAGUGACAACAACUCUCUUAAACUUUAUAAGGUUGUUUAGAAAAGCACACGAAGAGAAUUGCAAACAGGCUGAAUUGGAGAGAAAGAAAGCAGAAAAGGAGGCUGAAAUGGACAAGGCCAAGGGCGUUAACCUCACAAGAAAAACAGCAAAAUAGGUGGUGAUCAAAUUUUUUUUUUCCCCCUUCCACCGCGUGCGAAACGGAGUUCCUACCGCCGAUCAGAGGUUUGCUGCAACGUUACUAAGUUGAUGGCAAAGCGCACAUUGCACUAGGACCAUCCUCGGAUGCAUCCCUUUCCCCGGUAUCGGUGCAAAGGUAAGCCCUCCAAGGUGAUUUAGACGAGGGGAAAGGGCUAGCUGAGCCUGUAGACCACAAAGCACAAAUCUUAGCUGUACACGCGUGACAAGUUACUGUUCAAUUGGAUGAUCGCGGUCAACUUAUGACAUUAGGUAUCUCAGCGCAUCGGAACAAAUUGAGUGGUUUACCACCAUUGCCUGAGAAACAAAAUGUUUCUUCACAUGGGGGUAAUUGCCAUCUUGAUGUUGGAUCUGGCCGCAGCCCCAGCCCCUAUACGACCGUGCCGAGAGCAAGUCUAGGCGACACGGUUUUCUCAGGCUUCCACCAUUCAUUUGACAUAAUUUUUUCUUUUUGUCCAGCUCCAGAAGAUUGGGAUUGUAAAAAUGCACUCUUUCUGGCCCGUGUACAAAGUUCUAACCCCUUAGUGUAGAAUUUGAUUCAUUUUCCUGUAACAUAUGAUUUAGUUGCCCUUUUUUUCCCCGUAGUUGAAAUUUUUGAUAGGAGCCCCCGUCAAAAGAUAGAUGUUUGUAUAGAGUUGUAAUUUUAGAAAGGAAAUUAGAAAAAGACGGGUUGUAAUUGUAAAAUAACUGACAAAUGUAGGCUGUGAGCUAGAAACUGCUUGUUUCUUUUAUAUCUUUAUUGUUAUUAUUAUUAUCUA